CGCAUCAAGAGUUUUGUAACUUCCUGUAUUUCUGCAUGUCAUUGCUGUAAACUAGAAAUUUCAUAAGUUUCCAAAAAAUUAAAAAUGGCUCAGAUAUUCACAAGACUUGGUCAACUUGGAGUGGGACUUGCAGUCGUUGGUGGAGUUGUGCAAUCAGCAUUAUACAAUGUUGAUGGUGGUCACAGAGCUGUAAUAUUUGACAGAUUCCGAGGGGUUCAACAAAAUGUAAUUGGGGAAGGAACCCAUUUUAUGAUCCCCUGGGUCCAGAGACCAAUCAUAUUUGAUAUUCGGUCCAGACCAAGAAAUGUUCCAGUCAUCACAGGAAGCAAAGAUUUACAGAAUGUGAACAUUACAUUGCGUAUUUUGUUCAGGCCACUCCAGGACAAUUUACCUAACAUUUACACAAACCUUGGUGUCGAUUAUGAUGAAAGAGUUCUCCCAUCCAUUACAAAUGAAGUCUUAAAAGCUGUUGUAGCACAGUUCGAUGCUGGUGAGCUGAUUACACAGAGAGAGGUUGUUUCACAGAGAGUCAGUGAAGACCUUUCAGAGCGUGCUGCUGCGUUUGGUCUCAUACUUGAUGACAUAUCUCUGACACAUUUGACAUUUGGUAGAGAAUUCACAGAGGCUGUAGAGUUGAAGCAGGUGGCACAGCAAGAUGCUGAAAGGGCCAGAUACACUGUAGAAAAGGCUGAACAACAAAAACAAGCGGCUGUAACCACGGCAGAGGGAGACUCAAAAGCUGCAUCACUAUUGGCUGAAGCUUUCGCUAAAGCAGGAGAGGGUCUCGUUGAACUUAGGAAGAUUGAAGCCGCUGAAGACAUAGCUUAUCAACUAUCUCGUUCCCCUAAUAUAGUCUACCUACCACCUAAUCAACAGACUCUGCUCGCAUUGCCAAAUUAAUAACUCUGAAGAAAGUUUAGGAAAUGUAGCUAUCAUAGAUUGAAAGUGCUCUUGCAUGGUUUUGUGGACUCUGGAUGGAAUUAUAUACAUCUAACAAAAGAACGAGGACAGUAUCCAUAGUGUGAUCAAAUUAGUGAUGAAAAAUCAAGUAGUUUGAACUUUGUUGUUUCAAUGUGUGAGUAUUCGAGAAUUUCCUGUACUCCGUACGAGACUUGUGUUCAAGCAAUUUUGAAGUUUUUACGUUUAACUGCAAUGUACGUUAAGUAUUCUUUAAACAUCAUGAUUAGACCCAUUAAGUUUUUUAAUGUAAAUAAAUAUGCAGUGAAGUCAUAUUUCAA